AUGGACACCGAGCGUGAAAACCCUGGCGUAUCGCCGACAGCAGCGGUGGGAUCACAGCCCCAAAACUCUUCAGGGCCUCCAGAUGCUACAACUUUCAGUAUGGAACAAGUGAUGGGUCUCCUAACCUCCAUAACAAGAACUGCUGCAACAAGCGCUGCGAGAGCGACGUUAUCUACAGAGACUGCACCUUUACGGCGGCACCAUGACUUUUAUCUACCGCCGUUCAACCCUGAUGAGAGAUCGCAUGACAUCAGGGACUGGUGUGCUAAUGUGGACGAAACCAUUAGGAAGUUAAAUAUUUCGCCCCAUGAAGCUCGAAUGAAGGCCAUCUUACAAUUGAGAGGACGAGCAAAGACCUGGGCCGACACCUGGUCACUGCAUUCAACCACGUGGGAACAAGUGAAGGAAGAGCUAACUCAUACGUUUGGCAAUGAGUUCCGGUACGCGGAUGACGUGCAGAAAUGGCGCAGCUACACUUCAGACCAAGCGAGCAGCUACGCUGAAUAUGCUACAACGGCUUGGACUCUCUUCAGGAGGGUUCGACCAGAAGCUACCGACGCCGACGUAGUGGAUGCACUGAUCACAGAUACCGACCUUACUAACGAUACACAAAUUAAAGAAAUCUAUCGUAUUAUCAAUGAGUUCAAGGAUAAUUUCACAUCUGGAAAUCGCGUCUCACAAGUAACCACCGGGGAGCUAAAAAUUAGAUUAAAAAAUCCCGAUAAGAUCGUGCAACGCCGACCAUAUCGUUUGUCCCCUUUAGAACGUGAGAAGGUCAGAGAUAUUAUUAAAGACCUAAAAGAAAAUGGCAUAAUAAGAGAUAGCUCGUCUCCGUUCAGCAGCCCUAUAUUAUUAGUUAAGAAAAAGGACGGUACGGACCGACUUUGCGUUGAUUUCAGAGAGUUAAAUUCAAAUACCGUUAGAGACAAUUAUCCUUUACCCCUUAUAGCGGACCAAAUUGAUAGAUUAGGCAAAGCUCGAUAUUAUAGUUGUUUAGACAUGGCCUCUGGUUUCCACGGUAUUCCUAUAGCGGAAGACUCUAUCGAGAAAACUGCAUUUGUAACCCCGGAUGGACAGUUUGAAUAUCUUCGAAUGCCAUUCGGUCUAUGUAAUGCUCCGUCUGUAUACCAACGCGCCAUAAAUGCCGCCUUAGGUGAUUAUAGAGAUAAUAUUGCUUUAGUUUAUGUUGACGAUAUUCUGGUUGUAUCUGAAUCCGUGCAACAGGAACUAAGUAGGCCAUGGCACACAGCUUUACAAGAAUUACAAUUAGCUAUUAACUGCACAGUAUCAAAAAGUACAGGUAAAAGUCCCAUGGAAUUAUUAUUAGGAAAAAGAUGUUACCCACCUGCCAUUAAAAUAUUGCAAAUUGACGAUGACAUACUAACAGACAACUUAGAGGAAGUUAGAUCGAUUGCUAAAAAACGGAUGGACGAGCGGUCCCUUAGCGAUAAAACUCGUUUUGAUAAAGAAAAGAUUGCAAAUCACGAUGCCUUACGUCCCGCUCCCAUAGCUCAAUCAGACCCUUUCAAUGAUUCUGACAACUCAGACGAAUUGACCGUAUGGGCGGAGGAAUCAGUGGAGACCGAAGAAUAUGGUGAAAAUGUACUAUCAAGCGCAGAGUUAAGCGGUAUAACUGUACUAUGGAAGCUGUCAUUGGACGAAGACGAGCCUGUACAAUAA